GGGAAUUUGGUUCCUAAAGCUUCAACAUUUCCAUCUGGAAUUAAAGCACUAGCAGAUUAUGUCCAUGGCAAAGGAUUGAAGCUUGGAAUUUACUCAGAUGCAGGAACUCAAACAUGCAGCAAAACUAUGCCUGGAUCACUAGGCUAUGAAGAACAGGAUGCCAAGACUUUUGCUUCAUGGGGAAUUGAUUACUUGAAGUAUGACAAUUGCAACAACAACAACAUAGACCCAAAGGAAAGGUAUCCUAUAAUGAGCAAAGCUUUGCUAAACUCCGGAAGGUCCAUCUUUUUCUCUCUAUGUGAAUGGGGACAAGAAGAUCCUGCAACUUGGGCACAAUCUGUUGGAAAUAGCUGGAGAACAACCGGAGAUAUUGGUGACAAUUGGGAUAGUAUGACUUCCCGGGCAGAUCAAAAUGACCAAUGGGCAUCUUACGCUGCUCCGGGUGGAUGGAAUGAUCCUGACAUGUUGGAGGUUGGAAAUAGAGGCAUGACAACACAAGAAUAUCGUUCCCACAUCAGCAUAUGGUCAUUAGCUAAGGUUCGUGGCAGAAGUACCAUUACCGUUUGA